AUGGCCUACCUUCUCCAGUACGUCGACGACAUGAUCAUCACGGAUUCCUCUUCGGCUCUUCUUCAGCGCAUCAUCGCCGAGCUACAAGCAGAAUUUGCACUCAAGGACAUGGGUAACCUUCACUUCUUUCUUGGUGUUGAGGUCACCCGGUCUGCCAGUGGAUUCCACUUGUCUCAAGCCCAAUAUGCUGAAGAGUUGCUUGAUCGUGCUGGCAUGUCCAAUUGCCGCCCGAUCUCCACACCGAUCGACGUCAAGCCCAAGCUGUCAACAUCCAGUGGUGAACUUGUGCCUGAUCCAUCGGAGUACAGGUAG